UACUAAAUCCAUGGCAUCUUCUUCUUCUUCUUUUGUGAGUAAUUCACAAUACUCUCUUCGAUGGAAGUAUGAUGUGUUUUUAAGUUUUAGAGGUAAAGAUACUCGCAAAACCUUUACGAGUCACUUGUACCAAGGUUUGAAAAACAAGGGAAUAUUGACCUUUCAAGAUGAUAAAAGGCUAGAGCACGGCGAUUCUAUCUCAGAAGAACUCUUGAAAGCUAUCAAGGAGUCUCAAGUUGCCCUCAUAGUUUUCUCAAAGAAUUAUGCUACAUCAAGGUGGUGCUUGAAUGAACUAGUGAAGAUCAUGGAAUGCUACAAAGAUGAAAAUGGAAAAACAGUCAUACCGGUCUUCUAUGAUGUGGAUCCAUCACAUGUUCGAUACCAAAGUGAUAGUUUUGCAGAAUCUUUUGCCAAAUAUGAAUUGCAGUUUAAGGAUGAUGUUGAAGGAAUGCAGAAGGUGAAAAGAUGGAGAACUGCUCUAUGUGAGGCAGCAGAUCUGAAAGGACAUGACAUACGCCAAGGGGUUGAAUCAGAGAAUAUUCAACUAAUUGUUAACCAAGUUUCGUCCAAAUUAUGCAAGACUUCAGUAUCUUAUUUGCGAGAUGUUGUGGGAAUAAACAUUCAUUUAGAGGAAGUGAAAUCCCAACUAAAGCUUGAAAUCAAUGAUGUUCGUAUUGUGGGGAUCUGGGGCAUGGGGGGGAUUGGUAAAACGACAAUAGCAAGGGCAAUUUUUGACACACUCUCGUAUCAGUUUGAAGCUUCUUGUUUCAUUGAGGAUAUUAAAGAAAACAAAUGUGGAAUGCAUUCUUUGCAAAAUAUCCUUCUCUCGGAGCUGUUAAGGGAAAAAGAUAAUUACGUGAAUAAUAAGGAGGACGGAAAGCACAUGAUAGCUCGUAGACUUCCUUUUAAGAAGGUUUUAGUUGUGCUUGAUGACAUAGAUCACAGAGACCAUUUGGAUUACCUAGCAGGGAAUCCUAGUUGGUUUGGUGACGGAAGUCGAAUUAUUGCAACAACUAGAGAUAAGCAUUUGAUUGGGAAGAAUGAUGUAGUAUAUGAAGUGUCUACACUAGUUGACUGUCACGCUAUUAAAUUGUUCAAUCAAUAUGCUUUCAAAGAAGAAGAUCCCGAUGAACGUUUUGAGAAGCUUUCGUUGGAGGUUGUACGUCAUGCUAAAGGCCUUCCUUUAGCCCUGAAAGUGUGGGGUUCUUUCUUACAUAAGAGGGACAUAACUGAGUGGAGAAGUGCUAUAGAGGAAAUGAAAAACAACUCCAAUUCGGAAAUCGUUGAGAAGCUUAGAAUUAGCUAUGAUAGACUGGAGACCAUACAACAAGAUAUAUUUCUAGAUAUAGCAUGUUUCUUUCGAGGGAAAGUAAAAGAUCACAUCAUGCAAAUUCUUGAGAGCUGUUAUUCUGGAGCAAAUAUCGGGUUGCGUGUCCUAAUUGACAAAUCUCUCGUGUUCAUUUCUGAAAAUAAUACGAUUCAAAUGCAUGACUUGAUACAAGAGAUGGGUAAAUAUGUGGUGAAAAUGCAAAAAUAUUCGGGAGAAGCUAGCAGAUUAUGGGACGAUGAAGAUUUUGAAGAAGUGAUGGUCAACGAUACAGGGACAAAAGCAAUGGAAGCAAUCUGGCUACAAUAUAUUCAAAAACUAUCCUUUAGCGAAAAAGCCAUGAAGAAUAUGAGAAGGCUUAGAAUAUUAUACAUCCGUGACUUUCAUACACAUGUUGAUUCCAUUGAGUACCUUCCCAACAGCUUGCGUUGGCUUGCCUUUUAUCACUAUCCUUGGGAGUCAUUGCCAGAAAAUUUUGAACCCAAAAGGCUUGUUCAUCUUAAUCUUCGGUUCAGUUUGGCGUUGCGUCAUUUAUGGACUGGAACAAAGCAUUUGCCGUCUCUAAGGAUGCUAGAUCUCAGCUACUCUACAAACCUGAUGCGAACACCAGAUUUCACGGGGAUGCCAAAUUUGGAGUAUUUGAAUCUAUCACAUUGUAGUAAUCUUGAAGAGAUUCACCAUUCCCUCGGAUGUUCAAGAAAACUCAAUUUGUUAUAUUUGUGUUCUUGUACACUCCUAAAGAGGUUUCCAUGUGUUAGCGGGGAAUCUCUUGAAUAUCUGUAUCUGCAUAGUUGCUACAAUUUAGAGACAUUUCCAGAAAUCCUCGGAAGAAUGAAGCCGGAGUUGAAGAUUAAGAUGAAAAGGUCUGGGAUAAGGGAACUACCAUCAUCUAUUCAGUACCUAACUCACAUUACCAAGCUGAACUUAAAAUUCAUGAAAAAACUUGUAUCUCUUCCGAACAGUAUUUGCAUGAUGAAAAGCUUGGUGGAGAUAAAUGUGUCGUACUGCUUGAAACUUGAAAGCUUGCCAGAAGAGAUAGGUGAUUUAUUAAACUUGGAGAAGCUUGAUGCCACAUACACUCUAAUUUCACGACCUCCAUCUUCUAUCGUCCGUUUGAACAAGCUUAGGUUCUUGAGUUUUGCAAAACAAUCUUCAGAAGUAGGCCUCAAAGAUGGAGUGUUCUUUGUGUUCCCUCGAGUGAAUGAAGGGUUACACUCAUUGGAAGAUUUGCAUCUUGGUUACUGCAAUCUAAUAGAUGGAGGACUUCCGGAAGAUAUUGGAUCAUUAUCCUCUUUGAAAAAGUUGUAUCUCACUGGAAAUAGUUUUGAACAUUUGCCUCGAAGCAUAGCUCAACUUGGUGAUCUUCGACUCUUGCACUUAUCAGAUUGUCCUAACCUUAAAGAGUUCCCUCAGGUGAACAACGGAUUACGCUCAUUGGAAGUUUUGGAUCUCAGUUGUUGCAAUCUAAUAGAUGGAGGACUUCCACAAGACAUUGGAUCCUUAUCCUCUUUGAAAAAUUUGCAUCUUGAUGGAAAUAACUUUGAACAUUUGCCUCGUAGCAUAGCUCAACUUGGUGGUCUUCAAUACUUGAACGUAUCAAAUUGCAUGAGGCUUAAAGAGUUGCCAGACUUCAUGUUGAUGCCUGAUUUGUAUUUUUUGCAUCUGAUAGAUUGUACGAGUCUUGAAGAGGUUCAUCAUUCCCUGGGAUUUUUCGAAAAGCUCACUAACUUAUUCUUGACUAACUGUAAACGCCUUAAGAGGUUUCCAGGUAUAUGCAUCGAUUCCCUUGAAUGUAUCUGGACAUGGGGUUGCUCUAGUUUAGAAAGUUAUCCUAAGAUCAUCGGAAGCAUGAAAGUGGAAUCAGAGAUUCACAUGUUAGACAGUGUAAUGUGUGAUCUAAAUUCGAAUAGUUCAUUUCCACGUUCCUUGUCUCAGAGGAUCGUUUCGUUGAAGCAUGAUAUCUCUGCUUCAGAUUCCUUAUCACUAAUUAGAGUGUUUACGAUUGAUCAUCCAGAGAAGAAGAUCCCAAGUUGGUUCCACCAUCAAGGAAUGGAUGCAAGUGUUGUAUCUGUCAAUUUGCCUGAAAAUUGGUAUGUGCCGGAUAACUUCUUGGGAUUUGCUGUAUGUUACUCUAGUGAACUAAUUAACAUCACAGCUCACUUGAUUCCGUUAUGUGAUGAUGGGCUGUCGUGGAUGACCUUGAAACUAAACUUAUCCCGCGGUUCAAAACGUGAUGUAGCAUACUCUGAUUAUUCGGAAUGUGAGACAGAAUCAUCUGAUCAUUCAGAAUGUGAUGCUGAACCUACUCUUCAUUAUUUCUUGGUACCUUUUUCGAGCUUAUGGAAUACAUCUAAUGCAAAUGGGAAAACACCGAAUGACUAUGGGCUCAUUACAUUAUGUUUUUCUGGAGAACUGAAGAAGUCUGGAUGUCGUUUGUUGUAUAAAGAUGAGCCUGAGCUUGUUGAGACCUUGUUACAGAUGAGGGAAAAUAACGAUGAACCAACAGAACGUUACAUUGGGAUCAGGAGCAGUAGAUAUAACAAUAGUGAACAUCAUGACUCCGUCACCAAUGAAGCCAGUUGCAAUGAUGUAUCACAGAUAUAACGAUAUCACUGAGUAUCGUUGGUAGAUGAAGAUGCCUUUGAAGGUACUUUGAGAACAGAAAUGGUGACACUGCCUAUGAAGCUCACAUGUUUCAUUUCCUCUGUCUGAAAAACAGAUUCGCGAAAGAACUUAGAUGAAUGAAAGCCUCUGGAACUCUUAGUAAGUCGUCUCAGAUGACAAAGAAAAUGGAUCAAACAUAGACUAUUUCCAGUAAUCCAAUGAUCGAGCUCAAAUAAUUUUGAUUAUAUUGCACCUUUGAACCAUAUAAUUACAUCAUAAUAUGGCUUCAAUAAUACCAUAUUUGAGUAUGAUAUAUUUGUACAUUAUUUCAUUUGAUUACAUAUAUCUUAAGGGUGCAAAUUAG